CCGCCGCUGUCCCGGCCGCCGCGUCCCGCCGGGCCGCGCUCGCCCCUGCAGCGCCCGGGCGGAUGCGGCCGGCCCACGGAGGGGCAUGCUUCCACGCACCAAGUACAACCGCUUCAGGAAUGACUCGGUGACAUCGGUCGACGACCUUCUGCACAACCUGUCGGUGAGCGGCGGCGGCAAGGUCUCGGCGGCGCGCGCGGCCCCGGCGGCGGCCCCCUACCUCGUGUCCGGAGACGCGCUGCGCAGGGCGCCCGACGAUGGGCCGGGCAGCCUGGGCCACCUGCUCCACAAGGUGUCCCACCUGAAACUCUCCAGCUCGGGCCUCCGCGGCCGCUCGGCGGCCAGGGCGCGGGCGGGCGCGCGGCUCUCGGGCAGCUGCAGCGCGCCCAGCCUGGCCGCCCCGGACGGCAGCGCGCCACCCGGCCCCGGCGCCCCGGCCAUGCGCGCCGCCAGGAAGGGCCGGCCCGGCGACCAGCCGCCGCCGCGCGCCCCGCACGCCAGCGACCAGGUGCUGGGGGCCGGAGUCACCUACGUCGUCAAGUACUUGGGGUGCAUUGAAGUUCUCCGCUCAAUGAGGUCUCUUGACUUCAGUACAAGAACACAGAUUACCAGGGAAGCCAUCAGCCGCGUCUGCGAAGCCGUCCCUGGCGCCAAGGGAGCCUUCAGGAAGAGAAAGCCUCCCAGCAAAAUGCUGUCCAGCAUCUUGGGCAAGAGCAACCUCCAGUUUGCGGGCAUGAACAUCUCCCUGACCGUGUCCACCGCCAGCCUGAACCUGCGGACGCCCGACUCCAAACAGAUCAUCGCCAACCACCACAUGCAGUCGAUCUCGUUCGCCUCCGGGGGAGACCCGGACACAACCGACUACGUUGCGUACGUAGCUAAGGACCCUGUUAACCGCAGAGCGUGUCACAUUCUGGAGUGCUGCGACGGGCUGGCCCAGGAUGUCAUCGGCUCCAUCGGACAGGCCUUUGAACUCCGGUUUAAGCAGUAUUUGCAGUGUCCUUCCAAGGUCCCCGCUUUCCAUGACCGAAUGCAGAGUCUGGACGAGCCUUGGACUGAAGAGGAGGGGGAUGGCUCAGACCACCCGUACUACAACAGCAUCCCAAGCAAGGCGCCCCCUCCGGGGGGCUUUGUGGACGUGCGGCUGCAAGCCAGACCCCACGCCCCUGACACGGCCCAGUUUGCAGGCAAAGAGCAGACGUACUACCAGGGGAGACACCUGGGAGAGCCGUUCGGUGAAGACUGGAGGCAAGCACCUGUCCGGCAAGGGUCCUUGGACACCUACAGCCUGCCGGAAGGGAGAGCUCACGCGGGCCCCGGAGAAGCCCCCACCUACGUGAACGCCCAGCACAUCCCGCCGCAGGCCACACCGGCCUCCGGCAGCAGCGCGGAGAGCAGCCCGCGGAAAGACCUCUUCGACAUGAAACCCUUUGAAGACGCUCUCAGGAACCAGUCCUCGGGGCCUGUGCUGAGCAAGGCGGCCUCCGUGGAGUGCAUCAGCCCUGUCACGCCCAGAGCCCCGGAUGCCAAGAUGCUGGAGGAGCUGGAAGGGGAGCCUUGGUACCAAGGGGAGAUGAGCCGGAAGGAGGCCGAGGGGCUGCUGAAGAACGACGGGGACUUCCUGGUCAGGAAGAGCGCCACCAACCCGGGCUCCUUCGUCCUCACGGGCAUGCACAACGGCCAGGCCAAGCACCUGCUGCUCGUGGACCCGGAGGGCACGGUCCGGACGAAGGACAAGGUCUUUGACAGCAUCAGCCACCUCAUCAACCACCACCUGGAGAACAGCCUGCCCAUCGUCUCUGCUGGAAGUGAGCUCUGUCUCCAGCAGCCAGUGGAGAAGCCCCUGUGACCGGCCGGCCACUCCGUCCUGACCCUGCACUGAUGGUCAGGAGACCUGGUUCUUCCCGGGAAAUGGGUACGGGGGCUAUGGAAACUCGGGCAGCCGCCCACAGGCUCAGAGCCUUGUCCAAAUGCCCCAGGAGGAAGGUGUCCGAAAAGUGCAAGUUUCAUAAACUUGUCCUGAUUUUCUCGUGUGCAUAUUAAAGGUGUACAUACCUAUACAUCCUGUACAAAUUAGCCCUCUAUAUUUAUAUUUUUUAAGACUAAGAAAGAUGUAAGACUAACGUUCUGUGCUGUAUGUUUUUCAUGGAAAAAAAGUUUGACUCUAGUUGUCCGGGCAAAAAAUUUAAUUCAACUGGCCCAUUCUCCUGAGAAAUUCCCCUAGGAAGGUGUGACCUGCAAUCUUACCCGAUAAGCACAACACGGGGACUAGAAGCAGGCAGGAGGGUUCUAAAAAUAUGGAGUAAAAAAUACGGAGUCGGCGCAGAAGAAGGCGGGCUGCCACCCGAAAGGGCCUAGCUCUGGUCCUGGGGGCCGCCCCGCGGGGUGUUGGCGCCCCCUCCCUCCGCGAUGACGCCCCCCGUCCUCCCGGUCGUCUGCACUGCACCGUGAGCUCCCGGCUCCCGCACCUGACACCUGGUGCCGCCGAACUGUCAACCCGGCCGUGUCGGUGGUGCCUGAGCAUGGGAAUCCCGUCCCCCUUGACCUCAGUUGUCCAGGGUUCUCAAAGAUCUUACUGCCAGAUGUGGCACCAAAGGAGCCUCAGUGACCAACAUCUUCACUGGCAAACUCUUCCAUUGCUCCCAUCUGUGUUACUGUGGGGGGAGCGGGGGGCUGGCUGGGGCGAAGUCUUGGCUUCUGUGUCCUUCCAGCCAAUCCAAUCAUGGCAGGCCGCCGCGGUAGCUGCUAGAAAACCGUCCCUGCCCUGAAUCCGACAGCGAAAAAUGCACCGGUACGAGCUGUGUCGAAGGCAGAUCUGACACGCGUGCUCCGUCCCGGAGACGUGUGCGCGGCCGUGGCUCUUGCCCCACGUUUGCCUGAGGUUGGUGACUCGGGCCCGUGGGAUCGGUCGGAGGUUUCCUGCUUCUCGAGUGGUCGGUGGGUUAGGUGGCUGGUUGUCUCUGCAGCAGAUUUCCCAGUUGCUCCGUGGAAAGGGCCCGUGCCCCACAGAGCUCUGUCUUGACCCCUUCCUUUGAGCUGGAGUACUGGGAUUUCCUACGGGGUCAUUCGGUGUCAGGAGGUCAACAGUGCCUGUAACUUUUAAAAAACGCCCGUGUUGACGUUACCAUGUGAUUUUAACAGAUGCUGUCUUUUAAAAGAUAGAAGGAUCCAUUCGUCGGCUGGCACCUUCUAAUUGGUGCCACGGCACAGGCCCCCGUCCUGUGCGGCCCCACGGUGCGAGGCACCCCUGGGUCGGAGCAACAGAAGGACUUUCCGCGCGCUUAGAGUGGGACGGUAAUAAAUUCGAUGCUUCAAGAGUGAGGAGUUAAGGGUGGAUUUAAAAAAUUCUGUUGAGUGAAUCUGUGAAGUUCUAAUGCUAAAUGAACCCCAUUUCUGUUCUUGGGGUGUGUGUGUCCAGGAUGGAAGAUGGGGUGAAGCUUGUGGGUGACGGGGGAGUCGGGCAGCUCCACAGAUGUAUGUGGGGCUUCUUAGGAGUUUUUGUCCCUUGAGGGUCCAGUGGAUCCAAGAUGACGGUGGCUUCAGUCUUCUAGAAUGUUCUGCCGUGGAUUGGAACUAACGUAGGACCAUCCGCCUCUUCCUGGAAAGAACAGUUCUGGUUUCAGUCACAGUGCAGAUACUCUGGCCCAGGUCACUCGGAAGCAGUGGAAGCUGAACGGGGUUGGGGUGGCAUUGUUCAGGCUCCUGCCCUGUGACGACGCAGACGGGGCGGGGGUGGGAACCGCCCUGUGCCCCGUACCCCAGAGGCUGCAGCCCUGCAGACGUACCAGAGGUCCCACCCCAGUGUGGGAGCGUCCACACAUAUAAAGAUGGGUAAACUGACUUUUUAGUGCCCCGCUGUGUCGUGUUAAGGGCACCUCCCAAAUGCUAAUGUUUCAGGGCAAAGUAGGAAGGGCUGGUUGGGGACCCCGAAGCCCUGAACACGUGACCUGCUUUCUUUUCCCUCUUGAGGAUGUGACAGAUGGUAAUCUGCAGGUGCGGGAGCUCUCUGUGAAGUCAAUGUCUGUCUCAGUGGUGAUAAGCAAUAUAUAUAUAUAUAUAUAUAUAUAUAUAUAUAUAUAUAUCAUGUUUUCUUUGCAUGAGAAUCAAUUUAGAAAAUUAGAAGUAUUGGCGGGAGAUCAAAUUCUUGUUUCAAUAUUAAUUCAAAACAUGUAUUUUUAAGCUCAGAUUCCAGGGUUUGCUUACAAAGGAACAGUGCCAGUGGGAAAUCAUGCCCCUUUGUAGCCACCGAAGCAACCUGGAGACCCGGGGUGCCUUCGAGUCUCUCUUCCUUGGCCCUCCCCUGUGAAGCAUGUUGGGGCUCCGCGGGGUCAUCUCAGCUCCCCUUCAAGGCCGUGUGAAGGGCCUCAUUCACAGGCGGGGAAACUGAGGCGGGGUGGGUACCCACCUUCAAAGCCACGCGGUGGGCGGGCAGCCGGCCGAGCUGUCCUGCUCCGUUGGUGUUACCGGGUUCUGCCGUGCCUGGGACUCAGGAUUCCGGGUCCCCCGUCGCCCAGUUCCCAGCCUGCACCUCUGCCAGGGCAGGGCUGUGUGUCCCAGGGUCUCUGCACCCCGGGUAUGUUCUCUGUGCGCUGUGCCUGGCCGCCCCCGGGGUGCAUGGUGGCACCGGGCCUGCGCCCCCCUGCUGGGCCCCUGCCCCCGGCUGUGCUGGGUGUACAAGGCAGGCCCGGCGGGCCUCCGAUGCCGCACCGGUGCGGCAGCCCUGGAGACCCCCCCCCCCCCCCAACACCUCCAUGUGUGAAUCAGCGGUACUUUCAAAUGACAUCCUCGUUUGUCCCUCUGAGCGCCCACAGGGUCCCUGUGGGGCUGCUGGCCGGUGGUUUCACUGAGCUCUGAUGCUUGAGGCCCUGGGCGCUCAGCGGACUGAUGGCUGACGCAUGCGAGCAUCUCCCGACCCGCCCCUGUGCCCGGGCCACCACUCCCGGGCUCCUAUACUCAACGGCCCAAGGACCCGCUGGCCACUCUGCUGCACCCCGUUUCGUUUGAACAAGGAUUGCUUAUCGCUGUCUUGGCUGUUGGGGUGGAAGGAUGGCAGAGGCCCAGCUGCAGGACAUACAGUGUCCUGAGGGUCUCGCAGGGAGGAAGGCACCGGGGUAAUUUCCAGGGAAGUCAGAAAGUGACAAGCCGCCUGCAGAGGAAGAGGGAGGCUUGACUUCCAAGGAGGGGCAGCAGCGGGAGGCGGGUGGAGGGGCAGGGUGGCGGUUAGAGCGGCCCCUGAAAGGGCCCUGUGCUCGGACACUGUGGCCGCGUGUCUGCUGGCCCUGCCCGUCCUGGGCUCCUGAGACGGACAGUUCCUUUCAGGUGGCGUCAGAUGCCUGGUGGGGGUGGGGGGAGGCGUCCUUCUCAUAAGUGACACCUGAAACCUGAGGCCCUGGUCCUUAUUUCCGGGAAUCGGUCACGGGGUGGAGGCAGUUCCCACGAGGUCCCAGGCCCCCCCGGCGGCGCCCCAGAGCCACGAGGCCUCACACUGGUUGCUGGGGCUUCUCUGAGCGCUGGCCCGCGUGCCACCUGCACCGCAGGGCUGUGCGGUGUCCCCGCCGUGAGAUGGGAGGUGGUGGUGAAUGUACGUGAAGAGGAAGGACAGCUGAUCCCUGGGAUGCUUCGUGCACACGUGUGACGGGCUCUCUGGCUGGCGGAGUAGCAUAUGCGUGCGUCCCGCCCCCCUGCGUGCACGCUCCCCCCCCUCGCCUUUCUGUGGUGGUGGGGAAGGGGGGAGGGGGAUUGUGGAAAUACUGCGCUUGGGUCACCGCGUGUCGCAGACAAAUCUGGGUCACGUGUCUCAGAACACCAGGCUGUGUAGUGAAACUUUAAAAAUGGUCCUGGGAAGGAUGAAGUGGAAAAACCACUCUGCCGGCACGUGCUACGAACCCGGAUGUGCCGUGCCCCCCACCCCCACCCCCGAGGGUCACAAGCAAGGGAGGGCUAUGGGAUCAGGAUCCUGCAGCUCCAGACCCGGCUCUUCAGUGGGGGGACUAGGGCCAGGGGACUUGCCGCAGCGCGGGGACAGUCGGUGGCUGAACGCAGGACAGAGCGCAGGACCCUUGAGGGUCCUUGACAGUGUGUGUAACGCUCAGCACCCCCCAUGGAAAAUGGCAAACAGCUCUUCCCGCUUGGGUUGCAUUCGUGUCCCUUCCGGGACGAGGAGGUGCUUCUGUUUGGGGCCCUUCAGCCGCAGACCCCGAGAGGGUCUGACUGGCUGUCGUUUCUCCCGGUGAUGCCCCAGGGGUGGGGAAGGGAAGGAAGUCGAGGAGGAGGAGGAGGAGGAGGGCACGAUCGGCCCAGUCACCGUGGUGUGGCAGAGGGAGGGGCGGCAGGAGGCGGGGUGGACACAACUCAGCACGUACCCAGCUGGGCUUAGCUGCCAGCCGGGCGCAGGCGGGAAGCGGGCCCUGUGCACACUCCCCGGGCCGGGAAUCCCAGGCGGAGACACAGUCCUCGGGGCCAGGCAGAUCUGGAGACGAGGGGCAGCGAGGAGGCCCCAGGCCCCACCCCAGGCGGGCUGCGCGGGCCCAGGAAUGUGUAUUUCUGGUAAACAGGGAGUGUGGACCACCAUCGGGUGUGAGCUGCCAGCCCUCCCCUACGGAGGGCUCCCCUCCAAUUUACCAGUAGGUUUUCCUACUGCUUCGUGUUCUAGAUCCCAGAGCCCGUGCUCUGAGUUUUAAAAGUGGAGGAUUGAUAAGCAUCGAGAACUCGAGCAAAUCGCUGCUGGUGGCGGACAGAGUGCCGUCUGCCAGCCACAAUUUAUUUAUAAUGGGGCUUAUAAAUAUUUAUAAGUUUGCAAGCAACAAAUGCACAGUUUUAAAACUGGCACAUUUUAUAGCAGCUAGAAAAACUGCGAUUUGUACGAGGACCCUGAAUGUCAGUUGCGCGUGCUCACGUACCCGCGCUGAUCACGGCGGAUGCACACCUGUGUGUGUGCGUGCGCGGGCGGGCGGUGGAACGGGCACCUCGGCCUACCCUCCCCGGGCUCUGGUAUUUUAAGCCACAAGGACAGGCAGGAAGUUAAGCAGACGUGAAGAGUUUGGGGGCUGACAGGUCCUGGCCUCUGCAGACUCGUGGAGGAGCGUCCUGGAUGCCGCCGGAGGUGGGACCCAAGUGCAAGGGGGAGCACAAACAGACAGGAGGGCGGGGUGGGCACUGUGGAAGUGACCGAGGGGCAGGAGGGAAGGGAGGCCAGCAGGGAAGACAAGGAAGGAGGGAGACAGCGCAGGAGGCUGAAGGGAAGAAGAAGCAUUCGGGGACGAGCAAGUCCAGUCUCAUGCGCUGCUUGCAUCCGGCAGUGUCUUUCCGAGGUCAGAGACGACGGGCAGGAAGGGACAGGUGCGGAAAAGCUGUCCGCACCAGGUGUGCUGGGGUGCGAGCGGUCUGCCUGGGCACAGCUGUGCACCCCACAGCUGGCGGGCAUUCGUCUUGGCCCCGUCUGUGCACAGGUUCCUGUGCGGCAGGCUCUGUGCUGGGCUCCCGGGAGAGACGGGAAUCUGUCAUCCGGUAGGAAACUUACACACCCGGGGCACGAGGGUCAGACGGGCCUGAUGGCCGGCGUGGCCAGGUUCAACAGGACAGUGGAGGCUGGGGCUCCCGGGUGGGCCCGGGGGUCUGAAGGCUGUGCGAGCUGGAGGCGGGUGGGGCGGGAGGGUCACAGGGGACAUUCAGAGCCUGCGGGGCACCCUUCUCAUGCAUGCCCCACGGCUGGUGUUGGCAUGGGCGCUGGGGACUGGGGGCUGCACCCCUCAGGCCCCCUGCCUCCCCAGAUGUCCUGAAUAAAUGACUCUCCAGGGCUCCUCCCCGAGCUGGGAGAACCAUUCUCACGGAAGAAAGUGCCAGGCACGAAACCUCGUACAAGGUUACAUUUCUGUGUCGUUGCUUCACCUUGAGACGCUGUAGGUAGCAAAGCGUGCACACGGAGAGUGCAGGCGUGGUCCUGAGUGUCCCACGCACCCGGGGCAUCCUUACCACAACCAAAUUGUCUACCCGACCAAAUCCAGCAGUGGUCAACAAAGCAGGAAUACGUGGGCAUCUCUGUCUUUGAACGCUGAGUUACCUUUCUCUGUAAUGACUGUGUGUCAGCUGCGAGUGCAAUGUUCUGUGUUCAUUUGCCUUUUGAAUAAAACUUGUUCCAGAAUAAAUAUUGUAAAAACUUUAAGUAUGUGAAUGUUUCUUUGCACUGAGAAUUAAACAAGAAUUAAACAUGGGAUGUUAAAAGUCCAAGGAUUAGGAAAGAACUCCGUGUAAAUUCAAUGUGUAAUAAUAAGAUAUUUAUUACUUUUUAAAAAGCAUUUGGAUGGGAAAUUAUAUAUAUUGAUAAAUAUCA